AUGCCGCCUGGCAAAUCUGAUCCUUUUACAGCACAAAUCAGUUCGAAUAUUUUCAAACUGACGAAUUCUGCACCAAUUGCAUUUGAAAUUCAGCCAGUUUUUGGUUUAUUUAAUCAAGUGGCAUUACUUCGGUUUUUUGAACAACAUGAAGCAUUAGGAGUUGAUACUGCUCCAUUCGUAUUCGGUAUGUUAGUACAUGCUGCUAUGAUGCUUGAUGGGGUGGAAGUUUUCAAUCCUGAUGCUGUUGGCUUUCUUACGUCAAUGAAUUUAUUCAUUCAUUUAAUUGGUGAACCUGGUACCAAUAAAUCCGGAUUAUUUCGAGUGUUCAACAAUAGCAUCAGUGUAUUGCGGAAAAUCUUUCCUGCUUUUUUUUCGAAACCAUGCACAGAAGUUAUUAAAGAUGAAGAAGUACAAAGUACAGUUGAUUUAAUUGUCAACAAUGAAACGGAACUAGCUUUAUUUCAACGACUCUCAAAACGAGAGAACGUAUUUGUUUCAAGUGAUGAACUUGAUGUUUUUAAUACUCGAUUUGGAGUUUACCAAGGCAAUAUGCCAGCCAAUGAUAUGAAAAUAUUUGCUUCCAAACUCUUAUGUCAAGCAUAUGAUAUUAUGAAUAACGUUACUCGUACAACGGGAUCUUCAUCGUAUUUUAUUAAACGUGGCUCCAUCAAUAUUUUUGGUGCAUCAACAGGAAAUAUGCUGUCAUCUAUAUGUCAACAAUACAACAGUGAUGCUAUGUCCGAUGGUACUGUUAGUCGAUAUUUAUUCGUGACAACUUCCGCCCAUAAAAGUUCAAAUGAUGUGCCAUCUGAAAUUUUAUCUGUACAACCAAAUAUUGUGCAUAUUUUAAUCGUACUUCGUCUGUUGGCUCAAUAUAAACCAAUUUUUGUGUUUGGACAACAUCAAUCUCCGGUCAGCGUACCAAAAAUGAGUAGUGAAGUAGCGCUCAUUCGAAAAAUCUAG